CAGCAUGGACGGGGCUCGGGCAGACAUGUGGGCCAGCACCUUCACCCUGGCCAUGGCCAAGAGGAAGCCCCAGGACGUCUGGGUUCUGCUACCUGAGCACAACCUGGUCCCAGGACGCCUGGACGGCGGUGGUGUCCAGUACCUGCUGGUGGGGCUCUCGAGGCUCCAGUGCAGUCACUGUCCGGGGACCUGGGACUCGGCCCAUGUGCACGUCCUCUUCCACCUGUGGUGGGACAGGGCCAGCCGCCGGGGGCUGGUGAAGAUGCGCAUCUGGGGCCAGCGGUGCAGGCUGUGCUCUGCUCCCGGGGACUGCCAGGUGAGGCCCCCAGGCGAGCAGCCCUUCCUCAGCAGGCUGGUCUUGCACAUCCUGCAGGACUGCUACGGGGAUGGCCUCGGCCCAGCCCGGCACCCCAGGGAGGCCUAUGAGGGCUGCUGUGAGGCCUGUGAGCUGGGGGUCUGCUUCCUCCAGAAGGCCCCAGACCCUGCCUGGAGCGCCAACACCUCAAAAGGCAACUUCCCCGCCACGGCCUGGGGUGGCACUGGCGCCGUCUCCAGGGGCAAACUGCUGCCCACCCCUGGUGACGACCUCGGCAAGGGUGGCGGUGUCAUCGCCAUCCCCUUCUCCCUUGUGGGCACCAGCAAUGACCAGGUGCCCAUCGCUGAGGGCCCUGCCACCCCUGCGGGGGACUCUCUCCCUGUGACCGGCAGCCGUGGGGCCCUGGUCAUCGGCCAGGGCUUCCCGGUGGCCAUUGGAGACCCCCUCUUCCACGGCCCCGGCCUCCUCGGCAGCGGCAUCCAGACCUUCGAGCUCAAAGGCUUCCUCUUCAAAGGCCGGGGCUCCCUCUGCAGCCCCGUUGGCGUGGCCCAGGGCUGGGGCCCCAUCUCCCUCAACAAUGGCCUCGUCCCUGCGGGGAAACACACGCCAACCGUGUUCUACUGCGUGGGCCUCUCGGCCAGUGGGGAGGGCUCCCUCACCUUCCCCUCCUCCCUCACCAGCAUCUUCACCAACACCCUCUUGGAGGCCACUGACGGCCCUGUGGCCACUAAAGAGGCCUCCGUCACCUUCCCCUUCAUCUUUACUGAUGUCAAGGAUGCCGUUGCUGAGGUGGCUGAAGGCAACGGGAAGGAAGGAGGUGGCCAGGGCCUCGUCCCUGCGGGUCACGACCCCCUGCCAGAGACCAAUGCUGGUGGCCUCCCCUCCCAGGUCAAGGGCUCCCUUGCCCGCUCCUACCCUGCUGAUGUGCAAGGCACAGACUCCUUUACUGACAUCACUGAAGGCAAAGAGAAGGGAGGUGGCCUGGUCACCGCGGGUCACAACGCCCCUCUGGAGGUCAAUGCCGAGGGCCCCAUCACGGUUAGUGAGGGCUCCAUCACCAUCCCCUUCUCAGUCUUCGAUGUCAUAAAGCGCAAGGGCGGUGGCCACGUUGCCUACGGCCCCCAGGGCAAUGGCUGCGUCUCCCAAGGCUAUUACCAGAAGAGGCGGCUGAGGUCCAGGUUCCACAAGGCCCGCUGUGGGUGCCGCCGGGAGGAAGACGAGCGCCCUGGCCGCGCCUGCCGCAGGCCGCACGCCGAGCCCUACGAGGACUUCUGGAUCUGGGUGUCCAUGACCGUGUGCGUCUUCUGGCUGAUGUGCAUGUGUCGGCUGAACCCCGGGAUCUACCCACAGCAAGUGUGACGCCCCGAAGUUCAGGCAACCCUCGCCUCUGAGACCCCGCCUCGCCUCUGGAACCCCGCCUCGCCUGUGAGACACCCCCCCAACCCCGCCUUUGAGACGCCCGCCCUGCCUCCGAGGC